AUUUUUUUUGGAAUAUAAAAGUAAAAAGUGAAUGUGUUUGUAAUAUGAUCAAAUUGUUCAGAACAUUUACUUGAAUAUAAAUAUAAUAUUACUGUCAGAAAUAUAGGGAGGUUGAAAACUGCUUUAUGUUUGUUUUGUAAUGGCUGAGGAAAAUGUUAAAGUGCUGUCACUAAACAAUGGAUGUGGAGAUGGUAAAGUCAUAUUUGGUGAAGAAUAUGAAAAGGUUCCACUAAAAGAUGAAAUAGUUGAAGUAGAUGUUAAGAUUGCACCACAUGAGAAACGUGAAGCAUGGGGACAUAAAGCUGAGUUUAUUUUAGCUUCCAUCGGACUUGCAGUAGGGUUAGGAAAUGUAUGGAGAUUUCCUUAUCUUUGUCAAAAAAAUGGCGGAGGUGCUUUUCUUAUUCCAUAUUUUAUUAUGAUGGUAAUUGAAGGAAUUCCUUUAUUUUAUCUUGAGUUUGCUGUUGGUCAACGUUUUAGGAGAAGUGCUGUUGGUUGUUGGAAGAAAAUACACCCUGCGCUAACGGGAAUAGGCAUAUCUUGUAUUGUAGUCUCUUGUCUUUUAUGCAUUUAUUAUGUUGCUAUUCUUGCUUGGUGUUUUUAUUACUUAUUUGCGUCAUUAACAUCAAAACUUCCAUGGCAGUUAGAAAAUUGCCCACAAUACUUGGAGUACAGUAACAUAUCAGCAUUGUGUGCAGUUAACAAGACAUUAAAUGAUAUGUGUUUAUUAAAAGAAAGAUUUCCUGAUUGUUGUGUGCAUGAUCCACAGUUGUAUUAUUUUUAUAGAAAAGCACUUAAUAUUUCUCCUUCUAUAACGGAUCUUGGUGAUGGAAUUCAAUGGAAGUUAUUUGGGUGUUUAGUGCUGUCAUGGAUUAUUGCAUAUGCUUGCAUUGUGAAAGGUGUAAAAUCUAGUGGAAAGGCGGUUUACUUUACUGCAACAUUUCCCUAUGUCGUUCUCAUAAUUUUGUUUUUUGUUGGUGUGACACUGGAAGGUGCUAGCAUUGGAAUAAAAACGCUUUUUACUCCUGAUUUCUCAAAACUUAAAGAUCCAACAAUAUGGAUGGAUGCAGCAACUCAAAUGUUUUACACACUGAGUGUUGGAUUUGGUGCGCAUAUCUCUUUUGCUAGUUACAUGCCGAUAAAAAAUAAUUGUGUUCGAGAUGCUUUAACAAUAGUGAUUUUGGAUUGUGGUACUUCAGUGUUUGCUGGAAUAGUUGUGUUUUCAAUCUUGGGACAUAGAGAAUUUACAUUAGGUGCACCUGCAAAUAAAAUUGGUGGAGGGCCAGGUUUGGCUUUUAUCACGUUUUGUGAUGCAUUUCUGCAGAUGCCUGCUUCUCCAGUAUGGUCAGUUUUGUUCUUUUUUAUGCUGAUUUUAUUGGGUAUUGACUCUGAGUUUGGAACUCUAGAAGGUGCAAUUGCUCCCUUUUAUGAUAUGAAGUGGGUUAAGAUGAGAAAAGAAAUUUUUACAGGUAUUGUGGCUUUUUGUAUGUUGUUGUGUGGAAUUUCGCUGGUAUCUUCAAGUGGCUUUUAUGCCUUCCAGAUAUUUGAUGAUUAUGCUGUCUCACUUGGCCUCUUGUUUAUAGCAUUCUUUCAAACAAUAUCAAUAUCAUGGGUGUAUGGCAAUGAUAAAUUUGCUGAUGAUAUAGAAUAUAUGACUGGAAAACGCCCUUAUUUUUUUUGGAUGAUUUGCUGGAAAUAUAUUUCUCCAUUAGCCAUUUUUAUAAUUUUUGUUUCUAACUGCCAUCAGCUUGUCUCAAAUAGCCUGAAAUACUCUGCAUAUGUGGGAUGUGCUCAACAAGAACAUGAUAUAUCACCGCUCGGCAAAGGUGUUAAUGGUUCCAUUGCGCAAUUUGAAUAUCCUCCUUGGGCGUUAUUUAUCAUUUUUAUUUUUAUUUUAUCAUCCUUAGUACCGAUAUUUUUUUUCAUUAUUAAAGACAUUAUUGAACAUCCGUCAUUAUGGUUAAAAAAUAUUCGAAAAAAAUUAACGAACAUUAAGGAAUAUCAUCCUGACCCAUAUAGAGUUGAUCCUAGCAGAAGAAGGACUAACGAAGAAGUGGAGGCGACCAUUAUUAACGAAUCGAAAUUUGAUGAUUAAUCGAAAAUAGGUUUACAUCUGAAUGUUUUUAGUACGAACUGUUGAAAUUUUAAAACCUGCUUUUCAAUAACUGUAGAAACGUUGUACAUCAGUUGUGCAAUUUUUUUUUUUGCACAAUAUUUUUUGAAGUUAUUGAUUUGUUUCUA